CUCAUUCUCUCAAUUUCUCUUUCUGUUUCUGUUUCUCCCGUACAGCACAAACUUCCGGCAAUUUCGUGGCAUAAAAUGUUUGCGACCAAUAUCCGUUUGGUUGUCGCUGCUGCUGCUGCUGCUCCUGCUGCAGACAUUUUCGUACUCGUUGGGCCCUAAGCCAGCCCGGAGAAGCACCGAAGGGCACAGACGACUCCUGUUCCUGUUCCCGUUGUUCCACCUAUUUGGCCCAGGUUGGCCCACGCUCCGUACUCAUUUCCGGGGCUGUCGUUUCCGCCGUUUUACAUUUGCAAUUCGAAUUGGCGCGUUAACGAUUUUUUUGCCCCAUUUUGGUUGCAUAUGCGUGGGCUAAUUAGCAUGCGGCAUUGCCACCGACAACAACACCGGCAGCAGCAGCAGCUAGACCCGCAAUCAGAGUAGAGUACACAAAAGGACUAAUAACCCGCGCUGGGCUGCGCUGGCCUGAGAACAUGGAGGAGGAUGUGUAUGCCUCGCUGAGUUCCUACAACGAUACCGGUGGCGGCGGAGGCAUCGAAAAUGGCUGGAGCAGUGCGGAAACUAGUGUGGAGCAGCUGCAGAAUCUGCUGCUCUGGGAGGACGAGGGCCCGUUCGGGAAGCGGCCCAAUCAGAGCCAGCAGCAGUGGAAUGCCACCAACACCACCGGUGGGCCAAAUCCCAUUGAUUCCCCCUUCGAUGCCAACAACUACUGGGCUCUGCUCGCCCUCGUGCUCGUGCUGGGCACAGCGGCCGGCAACAUUCUCGUGUGCCUGGCCAUCGCCUGGGAGCGGCGUCUGCAGAAUGUGACAAACUACUUUUUAAUGUCGCUGGCCAUUACGGAUCUGAUGGUGGCCAUGCUGGUGAUGCCGCUGGGUAUUCUGACCCUCGUGAAAGGAUACUUUCCGUUGGGAUCCGAGCACUGUUUGACCUGGAUCUGCCUGGAUGUGCUCUUCUGCACGGCCAGCAUAAUGCAUCUGUGCACCAUCUCCGUGGACCGCUAUUUAUCGCUGCGUUACCCCAUGCGAUUUGGCCGGAACAAAACGCGUCGAAGAGUCACUCUGAAGAUUGUUUUCGUGUGGCUUCUGAGCAUUGCCAUGAGUCUGCCUUUGAGCUUGAUGUACUCCAAGAAUCAUGCCUCAGUGCUGGUGAAUGGGACUUGCCAGAUACCGGAUCCAGUGUACAAGCUCGUCGGGUCCAUUGUUUGCUUCUACAUUCCGCUGGGCGUGAUGCUGCUGACAUAUUGUCUGACCGUGCGAUUGCUGGCCCGCCAGCGCCAGAACUUGGGCGGUGGCCAACAGACGGCAGCCGCCACACCCGGCUGGGCCAGCGGCUGGCUGGGCCAAGCCCCAGCCUUGGAACGACGCUGCACUUGGCGCCGCCUGCUAAAGCCGGGCCCAGGUCACGCUUCGUCCGUGCUGCACGCCCACUCGGCCAACUCAACGGAUACGGACCUGAGCACUUUGGACAACCAUGAGCUCUGGCUGCCCGACUCCAGCAUCAAAGAACCCACGCCGACCACAAUGACAGCCUUGCAUCAGUUCGGAGCCGAGAUGCUGAAGCUCUCGAGAGGCCUCGAGUCGGUGGGCUCCUCAUCCACCACGGGAUCGCCCACCAAGUCCGAAUUUUCCAUAUCAAACCACCUGCAGUUCCCCAGCAGCCCCCAGCGCUAUGCAACCCAUCAGCAGUCGCAUCUGCAGGGAGGCGCCUACCACCAGCAGACCUCGCCCAAGGGUCGGCAUGGCACCACAAUUCUGGGACUGUCAACCACAACCCUGGGAAUAGAGCGAGAGAGCACGCGGAACUCAUUGGCCAGCAGCCGCCUGGGAGGAGACCAGAGCGACGGCACUCUCUCUCAGCUUUCGCAACGUCUGCGAGCGUACAAGAAUCGUCGUCGGGCCUCGUCAGCGGUUCCAGGACGGGAGCGGCGCGCAGGCGUCGACGAUGCGGACGAGGAUGCGGACACACCAACAGCGACACUGAGGCGCCACAAGCGGCACAACAGUUUGCCCAAGAAUGCGCUCUACACGAGACACACCACGGUGCAGGAGAGCAUCGACGAUGACGAUGACAGCACGGCGCACAGUGAUCAGCAGUCGAGAUCGACGUCGAAGGGCAAGAGCUGUCACUCGGACACGGAGCUGGAUCCACCGCAGGCGAAGCAGUGCCACGUGGGAGGCACAAGCCACCAGUCGGACUACCUGCAGCUGCCCUCGGUGUGCACGUGUCCCUACUUCGGGGAUCGACCGCUGCAGAAUUGUGUGAAGACGGCCGAGGUGAAGAUCAUUUCAUCAGCCUUCCGGGUGACCACGACCACAACGGCGGUGAGUAGUUCCCCAAGCGAAAUGGAACUGCUCCUCUGCAGCAGCGGCAAUAAGAAGGCGCUGACCUCCAGUGUGAGUGCGGGCAUAGCCGGGCCAGGGGCAGCUGCAGCUGCAGCAGCAGCAGCAAGUGGAGCAGGAGUAGGAGUCCCGGCACCCUCUGGUGGCUCAACCCUGAGUCCGCACUCGGCCUCUGCGCAGAACCAAAGCAGCUCCCUGACGGUCCAGGGCGAUGCCAGCGGCUACCUAGCCGCUCCGGGCACUCCCUGUCCCGGCAGGCGCAAGCUGAGCAUCUCGAAGACGGCCUCGGUGGUCACUUGGGAUGCCAGUCGUCAUCGCAGGCGGGGCAGCAGCUUCGGCGGCGUGCGAACCUCACUGCUGCUGACCCCGACCAAGACGGCCACAGCCUCCACCACAUCCACGCCGCUGCGGCGCUCGGCCACCCUGCGCAGCCACCAGAACAUGAACUACCAGGCUGGCACGGACUGCGGUGGAAAGACUAGGGCGACCACAUCCUCGCCCUGCAUGCUGCAGCGGCAGCAGACUGUGCGCUCUCACCACUCCCGGAACUCCAGUGUGAUCUCGAGGAACUCGUCGCGGCACGGCAGGAUCAUACGGCUGGAGCAGAAGGCCACCAAGGUGCUGGGCGUGGUGUUCUUCACAUUCGUCAUUCUGUGGUCGCCCUUCUUCGUGCUGAACCUGCUGCCCACGGUGUGCGGCGAGUGUGAGGAGCGGAUCAGCCAUUGGGUCUUCGAUGUGGUCACCUGGCUGGGCUAUGCCAGCUCCAUGGUCAAUCCCAUAUUCUACACCAUCUUCAACAAGGUCUUCCGGCAGGCCUUCAAGAAGGUCCUGCUGUGCCGCUAUUCCAGCACGAGCGCCUGGAGACCGAGCAGAUAGCAGACGCCUGUCAAGCCGGGCAAACUCAAGACGAAGCCCCAGCAAUGCCCCAGCGUGGACUUUCAGGAGUCCAUUGCAUUGCAGCCGCCCGAAGGCGCAGGGGUCGCAGGUCAACGACGCGGCCAGCGGGCAGCCCCUGCGGGCGUCCUCAAAAGGGGACUCAAGGGGACUGGGCCAUUGGGCAGCAACAGAUAAGCCCGCAGAUCCAGGGAAAGCCUUCCCCACUACGUUAUGUCUGCGGCCCACCGCACAACGUGUCGUAUACACAAUGUGUGGCUCGCUCUCACACACCCACUUGUCCCCAUUCUUCGCACAUACUUGUACACAUCGGAGUCGUGUGUGUGUGUGUGUGUGUGGUGGGUGACUGAAUGUCCUCGAGGCUUAAGCGCUUAUGUGGCUCUAAUUAAUUUCAAAUUCAAUUUGCAUGCCAUUGAAGACACAUGUCCGGCCAGCGGUGUAAGGAGCGAGGAAGAUAGUUUCAUCAAUUGCAAAUUCCAAGAGACUUUGGCAUCCCGCAGGCAGCAGCAUAGCAAACAUAACCCUAUCGCAUGAACAUUAAGUUUGUGCUGAAUAAUACGUAUGCGGGGAGCAGCAGUAUUUGGUGGCAAAGGACUGCUCCGCUCUCUGUUCGCUUUGCGGACACCUUAAAGACCUUAAAGCGUGCUGUAAAACGGGGCAAAAGGAACCCUCAGAACACUCCGUCUGUCCCUCGUGUUUGAGGCCUAAUUCUGAGAAACUUUAAGUGAAACAUAACACAGAAUUGAGUUGAUUAAUUAUUUGCAAGAGGAACGGAAUGUACUCAAAGAGAGUGCUCAAGAGCAAGGCGAAUAGCUCUCCCCCAUGGAUAGAUACUCACAAGUGCAUAGCAUGAGGCCAAGUGCCAUUCCAACUGGAUAUAUAGUACGUAUUUGCAUUGAAUAUUCUCUUCAGCUGAAAACUCUCUCUCUGCGGUAGGUUGAUGUUCGAUGGAAAUGGGCAAUUAUGCCGUGAAUUUAUGUGAAAUGUUCUAUCCGCAAAUUGUAUACGAAAUCAUUUAGGGAUCCCGACACGUACACAAAUCCAGGGGAGUUUGUGACUUUUGUUGUUCGUGUGUUGUUUGCUGUUGGCCUGGCAGAUUGCUAUUUUUAUUUGAAAAGUUCAUUCAUUUUGUAUUAUUUCUGUGGGCAAAUGAAAAAUUUCAGCUGGUCACGUAAGAGCUUGACCGUACCCUGGAGGCUUGAGAAUGAGGAGUGGUAGCCAUAGCCGUAGCCAGAUGCUUAAAAGACAUCAAACAACAACAGGAGAACAACAGCAGCAACAACAGCAGCAACAACAGCUGCAACAACAGCAAUAAUAAAAGCCAUUGGGAUGAAAGUUUUCAGUUCCCCCAAGUUUAAAGCGCCAUCAGAUCGUCAGGCGGCUACAAAGUACCCAAGGAGGCAGGCGCACAUCCAGAGGCAGAGGCCGGUGAUGGGAAGAUGACGGGUAAUGACGCCAUUAGUGGCAGCCACUCAAAGAGCCUGUCGCGAUGACACCUCACAGCGCCACAAAAUUUGUACAUUGUUUUUUUUUUGCUGACAAAUUUUCAGCGCCUGAACUUUUACUUUUACUCCUGCCCGCACCCUUGCCUUGCCGAGAGCAGACAUGUGGCGGCACUUUGAAAUUUAUAGCAAUUUUAUCGCCAGCGGAAAUCUUUUUUGCAGUUCAUUGAAUCAUUGCUGGAGCAGGUCCCCGUUGGGCUGGCAGUCGUUGGCUCGUUGGUGUCACUCAAGGAACUUCAUUGAACUUUAAUGGAAGCGGCAGGCCGCAGGGCAAACAACAAAGACAGUUCCACACUUCCGUGUCCGCUUUCUGCCACAUAUGCUCGCUAUAUACUGUACAUCUAUUUACAUAAAAGAGCUGACCAGCUGCACACCCCACAAGAGCAGUGGGCAUGAAAUUUCUUAGCAAUAAAUCGUAAUGGAAAACUGCACCCGCUCCCAUUUGCAGGCUCGAAAUAGGCUUACGAAUUUCCUGGCACAAGCAAGAGAGAAAUAUAUUCAAUGAUCAAAUACUCGUAAGUAUUGUAUUUCACAAUAACUUUAGGUAAAUACGAAUUUAAAGCAAAGACAGCAAAUGGAAAUUUAAUUUUAAGUGCAUGCAAAAUGUCGUUCAGUAUUGUCUGAUAAAUGCUAGUUUGAAUCGUUGAUCUGUGUAUGUUUAAUCUAUGGUAAUAUUAUUUAUAAGUCAAAGAGGGGGGAGCAUUGUGACAAAACGCUUUUACCAGUAGUCCUAGAUUAAACGAACAGCAACCGCAGAGGAAACUCUACGAGUUCUGCUUCUAUCUACUUCUGUAAAUGUAAAACUGAGCUAUGAGACAAGUCAAUCACUCUGUACAUAAUAUCUCUCACCUGAUAACACAAUAACACACCCUAGGGCAUACAAGUUGUGUUUAAUUCGUGUGUAGUUUAUGUUUAAGUGUUCAAAAUCGAAGAGCCCAUCCAGCCUUGUCCAGACUAGAUUAGAUUGUAGUGAAGAUUGUAUGAGGUGAUAUAUGAUUAAAUGGUCGAUGGAUGUAUCGGAUGGAGAGAGCGUAUUCCCCCAAUAUUGUACUGUACACCAGCAGCAGUAAUAAAUCAGAGCAUUUCUGUUAAGGUUUCCACAUCCCUGGAGCAAGUCUUGUUGCGAUAUUUUCCAAUUUGCAAAGAAUUUAAACGAUAAGAAAAUGUUUAGCCAUAGAAGACCCCAAAGCGACAUAUCCCAAUCCCACUCCCUUCUUAUAAAUGUGUAUUUUAUGAUAGCCAUAGCGAAAUCCUUCCUAAACUAAGUCAAAGACACUGAAACGUAGAUAAAUAAAUAUAUGUGAAACAUAUUAGCUAUAGCCGUACUAUGAUUUAUAUGAGUGUAU